ACAUUAAAGAUACAUGUACGUGUCAUCAGAGGGCUUAAUAAUCCUCCAGUUAUUCUAAGCAGUAAAUAAGAACAAGCUGUUGGAGUUUACCCUCCCAUUUUACGGCUAAUAAUUUUUCAUUAAGGUGUAAUAUUCCAUUACUUUUUUGCAAAAACCUGUAACUAGUGUGACCAUUCAAAUGUAAUCUUUUUGGCAUUACUUUCACAUGGUCUUGUUCUUUGUGCAGUAUUCAACUAAGUAGAAAUUGGAUAUUAUUUUUAUGAGAAAAGCACUCUUGGGAGUUUGAUUAAGGGUUCCAUGACAAUCCUAUGUUAUGGCAUAUGCAGUACCAGAUUAAGAGAUUCAUUGACCUUUUCCUUGUUUUCCUUGGUUGGGUAAGCUACAUGGCUUGACAGAGUAUACUACUACUACCACUAUUUCCACUACUACCACAAUUAUCUUUGAACAAUAUCAAUACAAAAUUGAGAGAAAAGGGAAUCAGAAUCAAUUAACUUGAUCACCAGCAGAGGCUGGGAGAAAUGCUGUGAUCUUUAAUCAGUUUCUCUCCACUAAUUCUCCAAGCAAAUGUUGGAGAUCAGUCGUGAGAAUCUGUAUGAGGAUAAUGGGGCUUAAGGGGGUUAAGUUUUUGUAACACAACACCAAGUUAAAACAAUGAUAAUAUUGUUUUAACUUGGGGGUGUGUUUUUAGACUUGGCUUCAUGUUGGGGGAGCCGAGUUAUUCAGCAAUUAAUGCGUACGUGAUUCAACUGAGGUGUAAUUUUAUACUCAGCCUUGUGCUUGCGGAAAUUUAAUCCAGUCAGUUAUGCUUACUGCACUCAGCCAUUAGUAAUGAGUAAGUCAAGUGUACUUCAAAGUUUCAGAAUACUAAUAUGACUGAUGCGAUUACAACCCACAGGGAAACUUAUGCACACUAUUGAAAUUUCUCUGAAAUGUGAUGUUGAAAUGUUAUUGGUUGUUAUGCUAUAAAAUAAUGGUUUCAUUGAACGUCAAUAAUGACUGCAGAGACCUCUAGUUAAUACUACAAUACUAAACUGCAAAAGCAUUUCUUUUUAGUUUGUAAUAACUAGGGUAAUUUUUAUUUUUAGAUAAUAAUAUGGUGGAGUUUUCCAGACUUGUUCCCCCAGGGGCUACCACAGUCUGCAUUCUGAAGCUUACGUACCUGGCAAACUGCAAUGUUAUGGCCAUGGCUAGCUAAUAAAAAUUUGAGAUCAAUUAAGGUUUCUAGGAAACUGCCCACCUACCCUUCCCCUAAGCUAACAUUAGCACCUACUUCUCACUUAGGGCAAAAUAUUUACUCAGGGAAGGUUAGGUGGGCAGUUUUCCUGAAACCUAAAUUGAUCUAUUUUGUUUAUUUAUAUCUUCUAGAUUCUGCUGCUUUGUCAAAAGCAGCUGCAAAGAAUAAAAAAAGAGCAGAGAAAAGGAGAAAGGAAAGGAUACAAAAGGUUAAGGAGAAUGGUGGGAGGGUCUUGGAAGCUAUGGAAAUGAAGGAUCCUGUUAGUAUUCUUAGAGAACAGUUACAGGAGGCCAAGAAUAAUCAGGUAAGGUACAAUUUAGGUUUCUGGGAAACUGCCUACCUACCCCUCCCUGAACCCAACAUUUUGCCCCAAUUGAGAAGUAAGUGUUAACGUUGGCUUAGGGGAGGGGUAGGUGAUAUGUUACCGUUCUUACAAUAAUCUACAACUUGAUGUGACCAGUGUGCUCUCCCUUGGUGCUAUUUCAUUUCCUUGUCAGUGCUUGACAAAAAACUGAAAGUUUAAAAACUUUAGAGAGUGGAAAUUUUGCUUGUACAUGUAGUGAGAUGUUAAAUUCCCACUGAGAAAAAGACUUCAAGAUUCUUCGUUUCAACCACGGUAAAAUGAAAUGAUGAAAACAGUAGAGCAAGUGUUUCCAGUUGUUUUGCUUAGUUUUUAGUCUGGUUGUGUGACCAAGAAAUGGCCCAAAUCGUACUCUCUGACUACGGUAUCUACACGUAGCUUGUGGUGUUUUUGACAUGAUAUUUUCGUCAAAGAAGAGGAAGGAGGAGUGGAUAGUGAGACUCUGAAAACUGGACUGUUGUUGCCUUUUAAUCCGCCUUAAUGUUUCUGGAUCUCAGAUAAAGUACUGUCUUUUGUGUUUUUUAAAAAUUCUCAGAUGACCAAUAGUUUGUGACCGCAUUUUGACCAGAAAAUCUUGCAAACCUUUGAAUGUCACACUAAAAGAUUUCAUCCACAGGCCCAAAAGUUAGAACAUCCUGUACAGCAUAAUAAACAGUACCACAGGAAAGUACUGCUCAGUAGCUUUCAUUUGAAUGGUCACAACAUAGGAUUUCAUCCGCAGACUCAAAAGUUAGAACCACCUUGUACAGCAUAAUAAACAGUACCACAGGAAAGUACUGUUCAGUAGCUUUCAUUUGAAUGGUUACACCAUAGGAUUUCACCCACAGACUCAAAAGUUAGAGCCACCUUUUAGCCUUGGAUACUAUCAUGUCGACGUAAAAUCUGGGUGUGGUCACAUUUUAGUGGUGAUAUUUUGUGUUUGCUUUUAUCGCUAAGACGCGCUUUAAGCAGUCGUCAAAAAAGCGGACUUUCAUAUUUUCAGAAUUUAAAGACUUAAGUUUUCGAACGGACUUUUUACUGGGUUUUGUUUAGCGAUAAUUUCUCCCACAGAAGAAAAAAAUCGCCUCUUCUCUUCCUCAAUUUCUAGAACAUAGAAAUUGUCUUUUGGGUAGCACAAUAUUAAACGGCUUCACAGAGUAUCUCCUUCGAAAGGCUUUUGACUAAUUUUUGAUUAAAAAAAAACAACUGUAAAGCCGGCCUCUUGUACAACUAACGUGACCUUGGUCCCACAUGUUGUCGGGGAAUUUAGCUCGCUUUGUUUUGAAAAGAAUGUCAUGUCCGUUAUGGUACGAAACCAGAAACGUUUCUCUGGCGAAUUUUACCGGUGGGAGUCAACGCGAAGCAUCUGAACGCUGCUGAAAAAAAUCCGCCGAAACGCAAGUCACUAGUUUAAGUUCGGAACUUGCUAGAACUUUUGGAAACGAGACAGAAAAUUCGCUGGAUGAGUCGAGGAGUCUACCUUUCAGUCCUAUAGAUAGUGUAAUAUUCAGCUUAAAGUAAAGAAUCAAAUUAUAUCAACUUUCACGUGAUGUGUUACAGAGACUGUAUUAAAGCGGCAAUUUGGGGAGAUCUUUUUUGACGGCAAUGACAGGCGUUCGUUUAAGAAGCGAGAAGGGUUAUUCGGUCGUAAUGAGGGGCAGUUUAGUGACACUAAUGCUUUUACUUACAUAGAACCAUGAGCUUGCCGCACGACUCCGUCAGCAAUUGUGGAUUGCUCAAGACAGCGCGGCCGGUGUGAGGUGAGUUCCUAUAUUAAAGGCAGGGAACGUGCAGCUAUGCAGGUUUUAAAAAAAGUCACCCCAGAGCUGACAAGUCGGAGCACGUGAUGUAAAAUAUAUCCUAUUGUAUUCUAAGGCGUCCUGAAAAAAUAAACAACGGCACUCUAUUUCUGCACGUCCGGUCAGAACCUUUAUCCGCUUAGAGUAAUUUACGGCUUACUUAAACAGCGAAAAAAGCGAGACUUUCCCUCUCUGUGACGUUUUUAAAAUUUCCAUGUGACAUCUUGCGAAUUUUUUCCAGAAGGUUAUUCUUGUGAACUUUCAGUGACUCUGCUUCCGACAGGGUUCCGAAUGUUUUCCGCUUAAUGGGCACUGGCCCGGGCGGGGGGCUGGGUCGGGGGGGUUCUCCCUAUAAUGUCUUACACUGGCAGGCUACAGGGGUUUUACUGGCUAAAGCAUAUGAAAGUGUCGGGAAUCUGUCAUUUCGCUCUGUUAUGGCAAACGCCUUGUUGUUGUGAAUUAUUCAUAUUUUAAAGACAGGGCAUUCACAGCAGAUGAAAGGGGGUUCCAAGGUCAGAACUAGAGGUGUGAAAGGGGUACCUUUUGUGUCAAAAAGGCAUCUUAAAGGGUAAGGAGUCGGACCUAGGGUCGGAGCCUCCCCGUGUAAAAAAUUGUUGAGUUCCCCCCGGGACAGUUGUACCGAUUAAAAGCUUUCGCUUCCUCGUUUCCCAUACAUAUACUUCAGUUCUUUGUUAUGUGUAAAUCUAUCCUAUUAUUAUUAACGCAGCUGCCAACAUGUCUAUCUUAUCUUUUUCUUCGUCUUUUUACGAAACGUGACACAUUUAAGGUUCAGGGGCAUCCAGCGACAUUUUAUGACCAAGAUGUUACGAUUAUUUUCAAUAAAAGGUCUCCUGAAAGUUUCAUUGUAAAGACAAAACGUCCCCCAGAAUCUUCUAAUGAAACUACGGCUACUCAAUGUCAUCGAUCUUUCGACCGGAGUCAUCUUGGCGAGAAAGCCCCGUAAAGCUAAGACAUCCCAACAGAUAAAUCAGUUUUAAGGGCAGCUCCAAAUUAACCAAACAGGUUUCUAAAGCGUAGAGAAAACCAUUUGAGACAUUUCCGUCGUAUUUGAAAACACUCGGUCAUGGGGUGUUCGAAUCUGAAUGUUUAACUUUCUGCAGCUUUGAUCCAAAGAGUCAGCAAGAUUUCAAGCAAUAAUGCGUUCCCUAUUAUACCCCCACUUAUUUUAAGGGUUUUGUCAACUUUCCUGGACUUUAAAACCACACUGAACAGCGUAGCAAACAGUGCUAAAUAGAAAUAAUGAGUAUUAUACUAGCGCCGUUGAUUGCAAAUGGUUACACUUGGAGAUGUGUCUCGAAUUUUAACAAAAUUCUAGCCCUAGGAACUGCCACCGAAUUGAGUGCAACAUAAAAGUAACCGCUCAAAACAUUAAAAGAAGAUGUAAAAUCACAUAGCAAAUACAAACAGAGACACGGAUUGACAAACUUGAAGAAGAUUAAAACGCAUUGAAAUUGUGGGUUUUGAAAAGAACUUGUUAGACUAAACAGUUUUUCAAAGUUCAUUUUUGUUGCUUGUAACGUUUUUCCUGGUUUGAUAUGAUGCUUCAGUUAGAAAGUAUAUUUUUAGGACAAGAAGCUGUGAUUUAGUCGUCUAUAAGUAAUAUCUUCGUCAACAUCAAUUGGCAGAUCUCGUUGUAGUAAAGGCCAACUGCGUUCUUCAUAUUUUUUAUUCAAAGAAUGGAACGAGAAUCCUCUUAAAGUCAGAAACAGUGAAGGUAUUCGCAGUUGUAGAAACGCUGUGUUGCAUCUUUUAGCUUAAUUUUGAUAGGAACAAUGAGACUUUGUACUUUUUAUUAUCUAUUUUACGUGCUUAGUGUUUUUUUUUUGUUUAGUAUACUUUUAAUUAGGGACAGGUCUCGUCUGAAAACCACCCGUGAGUGAUGGCGACUUCCUGUGUAAAGAUUUUAAUUAUUAUUAUUAUAUUAUUAUUAUCAUUAUUAUUAACAUUAAGUUCCAUAAAGCCCUGACACGUCCCCUUUACGAAUUCAUCUUGCAUAGUAACAGGGAACUAGUUAGUGUUCUCUUUCAAUUCAUUCACACUAAGGUAAAUUACUGUUAAUUUUUGCUGCGUCUACGGAAAUAUAUAGCUCGAGCCACUUUAAGGCUUAACGAAGUGCUUUAAGGCCGAAUACAAUUUGCCAUAGACAGGAGCGUAGCUUCCAUAUGCGCACAUACGCCCGUGCGUCUAACUGAAAUGUAGAAAAAUCGAUGUUUUUAUUUCCUGAAAGCAUUUUUGUCUUUGACUCGGUAUGCUUAAUAAAUCUUUCGCAUAAAAAUGGUGUCUUUGCCCUUCUGAAGGGUACACAUCUCGCCCUUUGCUUGUAACCUACUUACUUGAUGGCGUCACUGUUGUACCCUUUUUUCCGUACUGUAUCUUACCGAAAACGCUAGAGAUGUAAAAUAAACAACGAAAUAUUGUAUUUUCCUUCAUUUUAUUCACUGAAAACUUCCUGCGGAAAAAAGCAGGAAAUGGCAUUUCUGAGCCCCUAAAUUUGAAAAAUUUCCUCAGAACCCCCUAGUUUGGAGUACCUUCCGCGGUGUAACCUUUCUUUCCGUGUGUUCAUCUUAAAAAUCUCCCGCUACGCCCCUGAUAGAGCAUUAUAGCCCAAAAGACGUGAUCUACUUGCUUUCACUCUUAUCUGUGUAUCGAAAAGGGAACUGUUAACAUUUCAGUCUUUUUGCCGGCGAUUAUUACAUUUUGCGGCGUAACAGCGCCCCAAAAAAAAGUACUGUUCAGUGGACUUCGGUUGAGUCGUCUCACCUUUAGUCGGACCGAACCACAGGAAGCAAAGUACUGCGUAAACUUUCGUUUCAAUUUUUGAGUCCAAUGCUCAUAUCAUAGGAUUUCAUACACAGGGAAAACGUUAGAACAAUUUUGUGUGGUAUAAUAAACAGUACCACAGGAAAGUACUGCUCAGCAGCUUCCAUCAACUCACACUUACAAAUUCCAUCCACAGACUCGAAAGUUAGAACCACCUUAUACAGCAUGAUAAACAGUACCACAAGAAAGUACUGCUCAGUAGCUUUCAUUUGAAUGGUCACACCAUAGGAUUUCAUCCACAGACUCAAAAGUUAGAACCACCUUGUACAGUAUAAUAAACAGUACCACAGGAAAGUUCUGCUCAGUAGCUUUCAUUUGAAUGGUCACACCAUAGGAUUUCAUCCACAGACUCAAAAGUUAGAAUCACCUUGUACAGCAUAAUAAACAGUACCACAGGAAAGUACUGCUCAGUAGCUUUCAUUUGAAUGGUCACACCAUAGGAUUUCAUCCACAGACUCAAACGCUAGAACCACCUUGUACAGCACAAUAAACAGUUGAAACCACCUUGUCUAGCAUAAUUAACAGCUCAGACGGAAAAGCACAUGCGAAUUCAUACCGAAACGUGACAUAAACGUCAUUAAGGUUAGAGAGGAAAGGUUAAACGCCACUACAUUUUUGCCAAAAACUAAGAAUUUUAGCUACUUGGAUAAAGUUUUUCCGGUGAAGAUUGGCUUAAUUUCGAUUAUAAGCUACCGACUUCCGGAGAUUUUCGUCCACGUGUUGUGGGGGCAAGACCACAGACGUUUGAACUUACUUAUGUUACUUCAGCUUUAUACCAUAUAGGCUGGGAGACUCCUACUCUCCAGUUUUAUAACAGAUAACGACUCUUUUUCGUUAUAUUUUUAUGGUAGUGGUGACCAGUUACUUUUUGUUAUCGCGUGAUGUCUGUUUUCGGGAACAUUCGAACCCACAUUAACCUAAGCAGCAUGUUUGAAAGUAACAUAUUGUCCGAGUGAAGCCUUUAACUGCUGUUAGAUUAAAAAUCAAAGCUAUUUCAGUUCGAGCUUUGGCCGAUCAUCAAAUGGUUUUUUGUGGUUUGCAGCCACAGACGAAACUACACCUCCUGUUUCUAGCCGGAUUAACAAGUAACUGUUUAGCAUUUUUUGGCAAUUGGAUUUUAUAUAAGACUCGCUGCAGAAGCUGAACUUCACAAGUGCCGAUUUUAGGACUAAUAAGCUAGAAAAAAGAGUUUGGUUUUUGAUUAACGUUAGAUUCAGCCUGUCUGAAGCUCAGUGCCUAAAACGUACUUUAACCCCUGUAAGCCCCAAUAGUGACCAGUAUCUAAUUUCUCCUAAAAAUAUCACUGCCUGAUCAAAAAUACAGGUCAUGAGAAUGAUUGAAAUGAUCGCCAAAGAUGAGAUGUUUUGACGUUUGAACAAAUUCUCCCAAGCAGUACCAUAAGAGAUAUGAGAGGACAGUGAGGAGAAUACGCAUGUUGAUAUUGGUGCUUAAAGGGUUAACAUACAUGAUAAUUUAGGACUUACAAUUAACAUCGAGCCCUAGGAUGACACGGUAACUAAAAGUUUUCGGUACCGUGUUGUUACCGUGGUCUUAAAAUAACGGAACAAAAAAAUAGUUUCCCAGCGCCAUUUUCAGCCUCAGGGAUCCAUUUACAGAAAUUCUUUACUUUUCCACACAAAUACUUAACUAGUAGGUCUAUUCUUUACUAACGCGCGACUCAUAUACAAACCUAAAAAGUUUAGCAUCUAUCAGUUCCAUCUUGAAUCAUUCCCAAAAAGCAUUAUGCAUUACUGGUUUAUGGCUUCCAGGGCCAAGAAAAAAAAUAUGACUUUGAGAAAUUAGAAUCACUUAGGUGAUGGGUUCCCAUGAAGUUUCUCGGAACUCAAAAAUUGUUACUGAUGGUUUUCCCUGUUCUCUGGGCAAGGAACCGAAAAAUUGUUUUCCAUGGAAAUUUUCAGGCCGCCUCGAGUACAGGGAAAAGGUCACGUAAAGUAUUGAUGAAUAACUCGUUUUCUUUUGACGGUCGCUCCUUACGGAUUUUAUUGUAUAAACCAGUUUUAUCAGGACUAUAUAUUCAAGAAUAUUUCAUCUGAGAACCUCAACGUAGCACAAAAAGUUUGUAGAAGUUGUGAAAUGUGUUUAAAACGUGCGAUUUAUUGCUAUUUUGAUUCCGUGCCAGAAGUUUCAUCAUGCUGUGUGAUACCAUAGUUUCUAAACUCCAUUGUCUUUGCGGACUCGUCUAUAGUUGAAAGGUCGACGUUCAAAUGGCGAUUGUACGUGUAUGGCGCAUUCCUAGAUGAACGUUUCUUUGUUGUCCUCAAUCAACGUUUACAAGAUCAAUCUGCGGUCAUAUAUCUGAUUACUACACUAAGAGAUUUCGUAAGUCGGUUAGUCCUUGACCUAAAGAUAGAAUUUCUGCCCGCGUAAAGAAUACUUGUUGUCUAUUUAAAGGUGCCGGUGGAAUCUAUUGAUGAAUGCCGGGUUUUUGAGAGUAAGCAAAGAAAAAAAAAAAGCAAGUAUGUAAAGGUUUUUCGAUGUUUAUACUGGGGCACCCAGCGACUUUUUCCAGUAAAAUAACUGUUCGAAGGAGCAAAUACUGCCUAGAAAUUUCUAAAGCUUGAGAAAAGCUAAACAUUUCUGGAUAACCGUUCCAUUCGUCUAAAAUAUUUGAAGGUUUUCUAAUGGCUUAACUACUAUUUUCGGAGAUUAUGUUACGUUAUGUUACCCACAUUUUAAUACCAAGAUAUUGCGAUUAUUGUUAAAAAAAGGGUCUCCUGAAAAUUUCGGUAUAAAGAUAAAACGUCCUCUAUAAUUUUCUAAUGAAAGCAAGGCUACUUCUUGUCCUCAAACUUUCGACUGGACCCAUAAGGAUAGCUAACACUUUCGGAUGAGACGAAAAAGCCACCUAAGACUUUCGUGAUAACCAAAGUUCCCCCUAGACAUCCGAACAGAUAAAUGUUUUUAGGGCAACCCUAAAUUAACCAAACAGGCUUCUAAAGCACAGAGAAAACCAUUUGAGACACUUCUUCUUCAGGAUUUGUUGAAAUAUCAAUUAGACUCACUCAUCUUCCCUGAUAAUGCAUUCAAUUCUCAUGACCACUAUGUUUUCUAAAGCACUGAUAUUAUAAGGAGAAAUCUCACGCUGAUCUCUCUUAGGGCUUAAAGGGUCAACGAAGGGGAGAAAAUGUGGCUCUGCCUGAAUCCCGUCAAGCCCUUUAAAGUCGCCGAAACACGAACUUCUGGACUAGUCAAUCUUGUUCUCUAUCGUCAAGCUGGUUUUAUCCGAGUACGAGCAUACGUUUAUUGAUAAACCGAUAGUCGUAACUGAGCCCGCUGUACCAGCGCAUGGCUAUUAGGUCUAUAUUCCAAACUGUACGUACGCCAAAAUCGAGCAGAGUGAGAGAAACACGUUUUUACGCGCAGGAAAUGCCUCGUUCAAAAGGAUGUCGCGCCUCAAUUGUCACCUGUGGCCGGAUUUAAGGGUGGCGUGCCGCACGUGCCGACUGGUCACGUGAGGUGCAUGUAAAUUAGCUCAGCUCGCACGAUUUCAGCAAUGUUUAUAACCGUUAUGUUUGGUUUUUAGAUCAGCUCCCGAUUCUUCAAAAGAUAAUCACGUUUAACCAACGGUUAAGCAAAAUUUUUAGCAUAGGAAGGUUGAACGAGAGAUUAUCAAAUUUGGCUUUUGACCGUUUUGUAAGCAAUCGGCUGAGUUCACACAAAGUGAGCUCCGAAGGACUUAUAACAGGGUUAAUAUAGUUGUGGAUGAAAAUUCCAAUUCUUGAUUAGCGCCAAUCAGUCUUCUACGAACCGGUCCCAGGGUUAAAGGAGCUGUGUAAAGCUAAAUUUAGCCUUUAGGAAUUGGUCAUGCACCAUAUUGAAAAAAAAAAAGUGGAGUAAACAGCCAUAACAAUAGCCCCCAUAUUUCCCGCUGUUAAUACCUUGGAGUUUCGUUUUCAUUCGCAACAGCACGACUAAGGUGUCUAAGACAAUUUGCUAAAUAACCAUUGUCUUUGCGGUCGUGUUUAAGCAUCCGAACAUCGUUGAAAGGUCGACGUUCAAACAGAGCUUAACUCACCGUCUCCGAUUGCUUAAAGAGCUUUCAUCAAUGAGACCUUGACCUUAAAAAUGGAAUUCCUACCCUCGUGAACAGAGGGGUUGUUGGCUAUAUAUGGAGUAACAUAGUCUGUUGAGUAUUGAUCCGCCUAGUGAUAGUUCAAAGUUCAACGUUCAAACAGCGAUUUUACUUGCACGGCGCAUUCCAAGAUGAAAGAUUAUUCUUUGUUCUCAAUCAACGUAAACAUGAUUAACUCGCUGUCUCUGAUUACUACUAGAGAUUUCGUCAGUCUGACCUAGGCCUCGAAAUGGUAUUACAGCCCGCCUAAAAGAAAGCUUGUUAUAGCAAAACAUGUUCGUAGAUUCUUUAUAUCGGAGAAUGCCGGGUUUUAAGACUUAGCAAAGGGGAAAAAAACGCAAAUGGAGCUGGGGUUUUGUGUAAUGUUUGUAAGCCUUAGAAAGCUGAAAGUGAAGGGGGGGAAGACCUAUGCAGCGAGUAAUCACGUUUUUAAGCCCUUCGGUGAACCAAAAGAAAGUUAUUGUAUCUCGUGAGUUCGACGCGUCUCAAAUGUCGCGUGCCGAUUUAAAAGGUGCCACGCCUCACGUGCCGUUCUCUCACAAGAGGUGCUUGUAAAUUAGCUUAGUGUAGUUCGCACGAUUUCAGUAAUGUACAUACCUGUCAUAAUUCUAAUUUUGCAUAUAGAUCGGCUCCCAUAUCCUCUAAAGAUACUCAAGUUUAACUAAGGGUAAAGCACAAUUUAAGUAUAGGAAGGUUGAAUGAGAGCUUCAGUAUAAAAUUGUAUGAAGCGUUUUAAUACUCCGAGAUCAGCUGAUUUACCAUAACACAAAGUGAGACUUUGACCUAUAGCAGGAACAACUUACAGUCAUGGAUAAAAAGUUGAGUCCUUGAUCAAACCCAUUGAGCCUUACUAACCGAGACAAGGGUUUAAAGAAGCUGUGCAGGGCAAUUCAGCCAUUAGGAAUUGGUCAUGAACCAUAUUGAAUGAAAUAAAUAAAUAAAUAAAUAAAUACAAACAGCAAAAACAAAAAAAGACAGGGAUGGACAAAAUUCUCAACUGGAAGUAAUAUUUUUCACAAACGUCAAGUUUCAUAGCGGGAAAGAAAAGAGCCAAACAGCCCUAGUAUUCACCAUUUUUACUGCCAUUAAUGUUGUGGAUUUUUUUUUUAAAGUCGACUUGAAACAGCACGAUUAACGUGAAGGAAAUUUACAAGUACACUAUCAAGCACAAUUCUACUGUAAUACGCAGUACACAACUUUCCGAUUUUCCACGUCAGUUUUAUCUGCAUACAAAGAUCGACUAGUAUUUUCUAAUGUACUUUCCUAGUUGUGAAUAUUUGACAGGUACUUCAAAGUGAGCCUAAAAUUUACUGCACCUUUCUCCAUUGUUGUAAUGUUGUUAUAGUAUUAUCGAUUCAUUGCCCACACAAACGCCUCAGACGCGGUUUCGCUGAUUUAGCAGAGUCGAAAUGAUUGCUGAUUCUCCUCGGGGCGUAGAAUAUCGGUCUCUGAAACUUUAUGAGAUUUUAAUUCCGACUGCAUCGAAGAACCACUCCAGGCCUUUCUCCCCCCUUCUUGUAACCUGAUAAAUCCUACAUCUUAAUUUCAUCACGAGACAAUUUUUAUUACAUGAGGGGAAGCGCUCUCCAGAUUACCGAGGUUUAUCUAACCAAAAUAGUGAAUAAUCUUUAACUCACUUUCGCUCACAAGUUCAUAUAAUUCUGAAGAAAAGUCAUGUUGCUCUUGUUGUAACUUUUGAGUCAUGUGGCGGUGUGACCAUUCACAUGAAACAUCCGGCGAUACCUUCGCAUGGUACCAUUUGUUUUUCUCCUUCAUACGAACUUACAUCCUAGUUAUUUAUCUUCAUUAUGGCCACAAUUGCAAGAAACGGGUGAAAAUUAACCUCCUCGAACCUCUACUAUUCUUAAUUGUUACCCCUGUCGUAUGACUCGAGGUUUGUCUCCAACUAGUAGAGAGUUAAACCCGGGCUGCUUAGAGCUUGACUUUUUACAAACGCUUUUCCUUGAUCCAUAACUACUUUAAAUUAUCCCUUACAUUAACAUAAAUAUAUUUGUGUAUGGUCUACGAUGAAUAUUCUGCUAAAAAAAAAAAAAACUAUCAAAGACUUCAAAAACACCUACCUUCCCAGCUUGUUUGCAACGAGAACUCAAUAAGAAUUUAAUAGCUUGUUUUUUUUCGUCUUUGAAAAUUCCCAGACUGAUUGACGCGAUUCAAAAUAUGUUGUUUUUGACGAGUGAACUAUUCAUGGAAUGCUGUUUGCAUGAAAGUUGUUUUUUUGUGAGUUUUUCUGUUAUCAGAACUAUUUUUCGACGUCGGGCCUCGUUCAAACCGCACUACAUCUCUUUUGUCUAGAUUUAUAUCAACUCCGAAGUGAAACAAACGAUGUUUGUCUCAGCGACGGACGUUUACGACUGAGUCUGAAAUGGAAUCACCGCUCUAAAGAGGGUGUAGUCCUCCGUCUAAGCUUUAGUUACAAGCGAAGAUUUUCCAUCGUGAUGAGUUGAUGUGGGAAAUGCCACCUCAAAUCUUAACACAGUCAUCUACGCCGGGAGGGUGUUUAUCCCAAAUGCAUCGCUAUCCUUUUCAAAGUGAGUAAUUUUUAUAAAAUUGUAUAAUACCACUCCAAGUAGCCAACACCGCGUUCUUAUUGUUGCAUUCCUCUUCGGCAGUCAGGGAUUUAUUGUAUCCCAAAUGCAUUGCAACGCUUUACAAUGUGUGAUUUUAUAAAAUUGUAGUCUAAUUUAUAUCACCACCGUGCGCUUGUAACCCAGAGUUUGUGUUUUGUCAUCGUAGUAUUAGUAUAGGUCUGCGAAUAUUGAGGCAAAUCGGGUGAGAGGCCUGUUUGAUUAAAAUAAAGUUGUCUUGACUUGGCUUGGCUUGGCUUAAUUUGGUUUUCCGAAACGCAGGUUUUAACGUUAGCCUUAGCUAACCCCUAUAAAGUAUGAAAUACGCCCGGACAGUUUGCAUAUCAUUGUAUUCAUCUUCGACAGAGAGGGGUUGUAUCUCGAAUGCAUCACUACGCUUUUCUAUGUGACUGAUUAUUAUGAACUUGUGGUCUAAGUUAUCACCACCUUGUGUGUAAGCCAGAAUUAGUUUAUUGUAAUCGUAAUGUAUAUCAGCGCAUACUAUAUUUCUAGUAAUGAGGCGAAUCAAGGGAGAAGAAACCUGCGCGUUUGACUUUUGUAAACGCAGGUUCUAACUUUGUUGUUAGUUUAACUCUUCUAAAUUAUGGAGAAAUGUACAUAAAUACUUCAGUUCUAGCACUAUUGAGUCUGUGGAUGAAAUCCUAUGGUGUGAUCGUUCAAAUGAAAGCUACUGAAAUGUUGCUGAGCGGUACUUUUCUGUGGUACUGUUUAUUAUGCUGCACAAGGUGGCUAUAACGUUCGUGUCUGUGGAUAAAGCCUAUGGUGUGACCAUCAGCAAAAAGUGAUAAGCCCUACGUUUCUGUGGAACUAUUUAUAUUUCAUAAUUUGUUAAUUCGACGGUGACAUUUUAAUUCAAAUUUAAUUGUAAACACCUGCUGGAGUGAAGGGGUUAAAAUGAACGACAUCCCUGCUGAUCGUCUAUGUUGUAAACAAGAGUCUUUUCCUUUUAAAAAGACUAAUUAGCGAUGGACUACUCAUGUAGAUGUAUUAAUAAACUACAACGAAGCAACAAGUACAAUUAAAAUUUGUAAUUUUUUGGUUGCAUGAUAAGAGGAGACACUUUUCAAGAAUUAGAGUGUGAUUUGUAUGACCACUUCCGUUUUUGCCAACCUGUGUUGUUGUUUUUUGUUAACUAAUAGCUCUGUUUUUCUCAGUUAUGAUUGUGUCCCAUUACAAUGUAGCAGUGUAUUUUUUGUUAUAAACAAGUGAUUAAUUUUCCAGCCAUCUGAUUGGAUAAAACAUCUCACGUGCCGUCAAAUCUUCAGCUUGAGUGUAGUGAAAGAAUGACAAACAUUUGACAAAGUUGAGGAAUCAGGAAAAGUAUUUUAAUGCUACGGGUUGUCAUUCAGUUUUCACUGUUCAAAGUUUUCAUGCCUGUUGAGUAUCUCGCUAAUUUACUGAAUCGUUUGGAACUUUGCUCAACAGUUCAGACUGUUUGAGAACAUGGAAAUGUGGGCUUGUCAAUGCCGUUUUGUUAAUACAGUUCAUGUGGAUGUCAUGCAUUAUACCUAUUAUGAAAGUAGUUUAGUUGUGAAAAGUGAAAGUAAGUAAAUAUGUACUCCGAGCAAUUUCAUAUACUCUUGUUCUUGUUAUUCUUGGUCGUGAAUGAAAUAGAAUGAAAUCUCAUGAAAUAAAAAUGGCAACGAAGCGAUUUAACAUUUCUUCGUAAACAAAAAUUGCUCCUUUUCGACUAAUUUUGAUCAGUAGAUCAUGCAAUGUCGAUGUGGAAACAGAACGUUCAGCAUGUUGAACUCUGUGUGCUGAAACAAAGGGGGUCAGUCUCUGUUUAGUUAAACAAGUUACAACUAAUUCUUUGAAACUUUUGAAUGUGCUGUUAAAGCCACGCAUGAUUGAAGCAUUUCAGUGGCUGUUUAACUCGUUUAACAGAGUGUCAUAGCAUGUCGAGUUUUCAAUAUGUGAACUCUGUCGAGCGAAAAUGGGGGCAUGCUAUAUAAUGUUCAGCAACUUGCAGUGUGGCUCGUCCUUGCAUUUAUAUCGCACCGACCAAGUUGUGGGUUCUGAUACUUGUGUAAUUUAUAAGGCGGAUGAAGCGAAAUUCAACUUUCAUCUGAAACACGUAUACGUUUAAUAACAAAAGUCGUGACCUUGUUGAAGUUUAUUUCCGCCGUCGUCCUGUUGCCCCUUUCUCGAAACUCUCUGUAACAUUUCAGGACCAAAAUCCAAUAUUCAAAUCAAAAUAUAGCAACAAAAGGGCUGGUCCUAGCCAGCAAACAGAAAAAGAAAGUUGUUGUCUUGUUUUCCCGUCCUCGACAAAACGUGAAAUUAGGCACUCUCACGUUGUAGUCGUGCAGCGACGGCUAAGAAAUGUACAAAAAAGCGUGAUGAACGUACAAAGUUGUUGUUUUGCCAAUCUAAACCUAUUGCCUUUUUUUUCCGUUCUCGUUGCCGUCUGCGUCGCCGUUGCUUAAGCACCCUGAUACCAACAGCAUUUCGGGGCUCUGUAAAUAUCAGAUACUUCGAGAAACGCGCCCCUUGUUCUACGGACGGCUGCAAUUUGUAGAAUCACCGGAUGUGGUAACCCCUACACAUGUGUCCGAUCAACAAGCGGAAUCGCUCGACGUAAUUUUCUAAGAAAAAUGUGCAAGGUUCAAUGUUUUUUCGCCAAGUGUUGUAACUUUUAUUUAACUAGAUUUGAACAGUGAGUUUUUCGCCUUUGAGGAUUUAUUGGCGCUGUCAAGAGUAUCGCAACUGGGCAAUGCUGCAUGCUGCUCAGAAACCUUGGUUUUGCUUAAUUAGUAUUUUAUCAUUUACACACUCAAAAGGUAGAACCACACUAAAGUACUGCACAGUAGCUUUCUUUGAAUGGUCACACCACUGAAUUUCAUCCACAGACUCAAAAGUUAGAAACACCUUAUACAGCAUAAUAAACAGUACCACAGGAAAGUACUUCUCGGUAGCUUUCAUUUGAAUGGUUACACCUUAGGAUUUCAUCCACAGACUCUAAAUGGCAGUGUACAAAGUGCUGCUUCUCAUCACCGUCUUUUUAACUCUAGACUGUGACAGCAUUUCGUUUUAGCGGCUGAUUCCCCACAUGUAGAGAUAUUAUUUGUUCUGUCCAUAUAGCCUUUUUGUUUACUUGCUUUUUAUCUUAAAGGGGCUGUGUCACGGCAGUCCAGUUCAUUUUGUUUAAUUUUUCCAAUUACUGGCCCUCAAUCUCUAUGGAACUUAAAGUAAGCGAAGAAAUUACAUGUAAAUGACAAAAUCAGAGAUCCGAGACAAACAAAUAUGUCUCCUAAGCGUCAUUUUUGAAGUUGCAAGCAGCAGGGACCAACUUAGCAAAACUGUUAGGCUGAACAGUUCAGUUUCAAAAACCCUAAUUUCAAUCGUUUCAGUCUUCUUCAGUUUUGCCCAUCCGUGGCAUCUGCUGUUUCUGUUAUGUUGUUUUAACCUUCCUUUAAAGUUUUAAGCGGUUAUUUUUAUGUUUCUCUUAAUUUAACGGGCAUUUUGUAAUUUCCUAAUUUGGCUGAAUUUCGUGACACAGCUCGUUUAAAUUAGGGUGGAUUUCAAGUGUCGUAAAUUUUUGCGUUCGUACGCACGGAACCCGUUUACGCCCGAAAAAAAAAAAGAGGCAAUGUAUGGAAGGUCGCGCGUACAGGUAAAAGUUGAACCUCGCUCAACCUUUACUUACACGCGGCCAUUUAGACAUUGCUUCUACUUUAUAUACGCGCGUAAAAUUGUGUUUUUUUACAAAUUGUUUUGGUGAGUCCUGGGACUCAUCUUGUGAAAAAUGAUGAGUCCCAGUCCAGAACCAAUGAGUCCCAGUCAAAAAAAAAAAGAGUCCGAAACUGAAAACGCUUGGGCCUUUAUGUAACCAGACAGUCGAUCUGAAGACAGACUCCAAAAUUCUGUGUUACAGUAUACUGAAAUAUAAAUAUAGUCCUUCUAUUUUAAGCACAAGAAAGGCGAAACGCAAUAUGCAUCGUUAAACAGCAGCCAUAAUAACUGCCACAGAAAUUACACGAACGGGAUAUUUCUACAAAUAUACAAGUUCAGAUCGAUCGAUCGAUCUUUGCGUCCUACAGAACGCAUGCUAUGAAUUAUUUUGCGUCUCUGGGGAUUUUUUCCUGCGUCAGGAACGCAGGCCGACGUAGAGGUAACAAAAUCACCGGUAUAUAAAAAUUGUAAAAUUAACAUUUUCUGGCAGAAGAAAUAAAUUGAAACUUCGAUUGAAAUUCAAAAUUUAGAGCCACCUUGUAUAGCAGAAAGAAACUACACCACAAAUGGUCACAAUUUGGGAUUUCACCCCGAGACUAAAAAAUUAGAACAACUAUGUAUUGCAUAACAAAGAGCACGUCACAAGAAAAAAAAAGCAGUUUAAAAAAGCAGUGAUUUGAACCUUUCGCUUAAGAUUUUCGUCCACGAACUCAAAAUUUAGGACCAGUAUGUUUGACCUAAUAAUUACGUCAGGCAAACAGUACUGCUCAGUUUUCGCGGUUGAGGAUGUCAACUCUGGAACCGCCGCCUUGUACAGCCUUUUUAAAAACAUUACGAACAGAAAGUUCUGCUUAUACAUGACCGCACUUCCUAUAUCAAUGAAGUAUUAAUGAUAAUUCGCUUGCAUUGAAUUUCAAAGUCAAAAAAGAUUCAGAGGUAAAAGAGCUGAAGUUUUCUACAUACCUCUGGUUUGCAGUAAUUUUCCUUAAACGAAAAUGCUUCUCUCUCCGUAGCAGAUCGGGGACUGCGGAUAAUUCAUGCGUACGUAGCUUUUUAUUUGAUGUUUGCCAUCAGUCAAUCAGUCACUCACUCUGAUUCGCUUAAAGACGUGACUUUUGCAUUUCACAGCUUGCGGUAUCUAUAGCUUACUGUCUCCCGUUUCCGCUCGUGGUUGAUGACUACUUUGAGCGCUAGAGAGGGGAGGGUUGGGUUCGUCCUAAAGCUGUUUAUUUGAGGGUACAGUCGCACAUACCUCUAUUGCUCUAUAACACGGAGUCCUCCCUAAACCAGACAAAUCACUUUAUCGCAAAGAUACGAAACGGUAAACAAUCCUUACCACAAAAAUUGACGCACUUGGCUCUGUCCCUUUGCGUUUUAUUAAGGAGGAUUGACUAAGUAGCUUGUUAAAGAAAGUACACAAUCCUAAGCAUGUUAACCAGUUUUCAGCCUUCUAAACAACCUUCUUAAUCGCUGAUGCUAGGAUUAAAAAUGGGAAAAAUUAAUACCAGUUUUCCCUUUGGGGCCUUCUAAACAACCUUCUUAAUCGCUGAAACGGCUGACAAUUUGCAUCUUUACAUCAAAACUUUGUCGCAGUUAGUUAUAAUCUUAACGUGACCUCUAUUUACCACUAUUGUUCCAUAAGCGCAGAGUUAUAAUCUUAACGUGACCUCUAUUUAUUCCGGAAGGCACCGAAACAAUCUAUCUUUACCUUUUUAUGCGUUUGUGAUUGAUACUAAAAACAAAGCCCUACCUGGUGGGUAAAUGUUGACUUGAUUCAGGUGCACCCAACGACGCUUUCCUCCUAAAUACGUUGAAAAAACAUUUUAGGCUAGCCAGAGGAGUUUUAGAUCUCAAGAAAUACAUUCUAAGCCGCGCUAUAAAAUUGGAUUCUGUUCGGUAAUCCUAGGGAACUUCGAGUCUUUUCGAAAUUACAAGGGCUUCAGAAUUAUUUUCCCGAAAAUUUUAGAUGCAAUUUAUCCUUUUACGAAUGUGAAAAUUUUUCUGAUUCCUCUCUCAAUCACACUUUUGAAUCCGAAAAUGUUAGGUUUCGUUUUUCUACGAAAAACAGUAUUACUUGGGGAGUGAAAUGUGACAACUUAAGCUUCAGAAAAUCGUAGGGAAUUUAUGAGAUGAGUUUCGAAAAUUGUACGUGAAUUGAAUUGUUAUCGAGAAAUUUUUAGCCGUCCUCAAGUAACAGAAAAUUCUAGGCAAUAUUUGCUUCUGGGUGCCCCUGUUUAUUCGGGCUCGGGUGGAUGGGCUGGGAGGGCGAGGGGGGGGGGGGGGGGGUGCUAGUAGAGGUACGAUCGCACCCUUAGGGGUUCCGUUAUGGUCGGAAAGAUCAUCCCUAGACAUCGAUCUCAAAUUUUUAUAGCUUUUAAAAGACCAGAAUGGACCAGAAAUAUGCAUCAAAACUGCUUCAAAUUCGGCCUACGCGCGCAUAGUCACUUUCUGUUAUCAUGGAUAGCCCUUUGUCCGUGACAAUUGUGGUUAAAUCCAUACACCGAUCAUUACACGAAGUCGGGAGAUCAAUAACCAUCACGUCCGCAAAGGGUCAAGGAAAAGGGGGGGUGGGGUGAGGGCGGGGUGUAUGUAACACACCAUCGUCGGUUUUUGCUUCUUUGUGAUCAUGAUGAUACGAUUUCCUCACCUGUUCGUAUCCCUAAAAGAUCUUGAUAAUUAAGCUAUGUAUAACUUGUAACAUGUUGUUUAAACUGGACACUCCGUUGAGAGAUAAGAAUGUAUUUUCUCCUUAUAAAACUAGCUACUGCUCUAGGAAAUUACAAGCCACGAGAAUAAGGAAGUGAACGCAAGUUUUGGCACAAGAAAGAAAACCGCACCGUUUUUAAAAAGGAAAACCUUCUGAUAGGUGUGGCUAUUACUUCCGAUUUUAUUUCUUAACAACAAACUCUUUAAACCCGGAUCCCCGGAGUUGGUCCAAGUCGUUCUCCAGUUAUUUUCUCGGACUUUCCCGCGUCUCUCAUAUGGACGCCAAGUAAGCCAGCACGCUGCGAACAAGCUCAGAGCGCCCCGGAGAGCUUGUUCGCAGGCUAGCCCCCCUAAAAAGUGUCCGUUUUCGGGAGAGGAGACUGUAUAAGAAGUGUGUCAAAACGAAGAAAGAGUAUAGAUGUUGAUAUUAAUGUUAACGCUUUAAAAAAUCCCUCAAGCAACACGCUUAUUUGAAAUCGAACAACCUCUCCCCCUCCCCCCCAACCGAAUAAGACACGUGCUUGAACUUUGUUUUUAUGGAACCUGAACUGUUUCAAACUAUUGUUUACCCGUAACACUUUCAGAGGUUGAAUUUAUAUCAUUUCAAUCUUCACCAACUUAUCUUGUCUAGCCGUGCAAAAUUAUGUAUAUUUAAUUGUUGCCCGUGUUAUAGCAUGGGACAGCAAUUUAGUGAGUUUUCUUCCGAUAUUGUUUAUUUUCACCAACGACGGGCUAUUCUCUUUCAUGAGUUUUAAAUACCCCACAGCCCAUUCAGUCCUGGCAUUGUUUUCAUAGCAUUGGGACUAAAAGCAUUUACUCGUAAUGUAUUUUUAAAGAGCAGCGGCUACGUGACUUAACCAACCCUGCAUACUUCCGGAUAUCUAAAUCUGCAAACAAACAAGAUAAGCUAGGAAAAAACCACGGAUGGUCGAAGGUGAAGGUUGCUUCCUUGUCCUAUGGCUUGGUGUCUACAUGGUUUCGUUUGGUUUACGGUCAGCAAAGAAAGACAAAACUUAGCUCUUAGAAAGUAAAGGAAGAACGCGCCACAGCCAUUUUUUCCCACCGCAAAAAAGUUCAUUGUCUUCUUAUGGUCAAGAUACAAGGGAGACAGUUUUAAAAAAAGUUAGAAGCCUUUUGAACAAUUGGCGCCAAAAGCAGGCUAUGUUUCAAUUUUCUAUUGACUUUGCAACUUGUAAAAAGUAAACCAAGACAAAGUGCAAAAGUCCUUUUUUGCAGCAGACCUGUUUGGUUGAUCUUGACCGAGGUCUUAUCUCUCCUUUAAUGUAAAUAGGAAGCUCUGUAAACGACAGCUACUUGCGUAAUUUCAGUGUUGUUGCGCCGAUUUUUAAUCAUUUUUUUGUCACCUCAAUCAAACGAUGAAAGCUAUAGCAAGACACGUACAAAGUCCUUGAACUUGUUAAAACGUGCUGUUUGUUUGCCAAAACGGUUUUCCUGCCUUGCGGUAAACUCUCGUGACAGCUACAUUUACUUUUGGAGAUGUGAUGUAAUCAAGCAAUUUUUUUUCUAGCUUUUAAAGGCGAGGUCACUCUAUUUCAAGUAAUUUCCGCCAUCAGCUGCUCAGAUAAUUUAGUACUAAAACAGCUACUUUUUCCAUUUCGAAAGCAAUUUUUUUUCUGGCUUUAAAAGGGCAAGAUCGGACAAUUUUGAGUAAUUUCCGCCCUGAACUCGUCAGAUCAUUUACCAAAAUAUCAAAAUACCUGCUUUGUACGCGUUUAAAAGAAUAUACCAUUUCGACAGCAAAUUCUUUUUCUGGCUUGAAAAGGGCAAGGUCAGAGUAGAAUGUGCUAUGAUAUCAAAAAUAGUUUAGAGUUAGAGGUAAAGAAAAACCCCAAAGGCGGCGUAAAAGUGCAAAACUGGAGAAGAUUAAAAGAUCUUCAAACAGAUUGCAUUCGGGUAAACUUGGAAAAACUUAUGCCUGGCCUUAUUUCAAGUGUUGUCAAAGUGUGAUUUGUAAUGCUUUAGAGGUUUUAUUUUUGAGAUCACGGCAAAAGCCUCACCAAGUUAAAAAAAACCGAACGAAAAUAGGCGAAAUCCACGAAAUUAUCUUGACCUUACCACUUAAAAGGAUAAUGCAAAACAUCAGGGCCUGGUUCCUCGAAAGAUGAUGAAGUUAAACCUAAGAUUAAACCAAAUUUCAAGCAAGGGUUUUUUGUCUAAGAACAUGUAACUCGAGCUUUCAAAAUACUGUUGAGUCUUCACUCAGAGAUACAGUAAUGAUAACUGGAAUUGUUACUAUAAGCAAUGAAUAGCAAGGUAGAUACAAAAAGGGCAACAAAAUUUUAAUCCUGGAUUAGCGCUUAUCGGGGUUAUUUAUAAUCGAGUUAUGGGCAAACUCAUACGUAGAGGAUUAUGUCGACGGCGUGAUUUUUUUCUACAUGACUCAUGGCAGCGAAAAAAACCCGAAGUUUACAGUUGUUUGCAGAAUGCACAAUGGGUUUUAUAAACAUGGCUGCACGCCGCUAACUUACGCGGGAAAAUACGCGCGCUAACCUGUUUUUAGUUCCGAUUCAUUGCUCAGGGAAGUGAGGUGUUAUCUUUUAGCCAAUCACGUAACGUUGCUGUUCAAACCAACUUAAUCGACUUAUUCAUGAACCAAUCAGAAUACAAGGAAGAUACUUUCCGCUGGUCUUAAGCGUGGAAAAACGUCCGUUUGCAAGUUUCAUCUGGUUUUGGCUCUGAUUUACUGGUUACGAAAAUGGGGAUUCAUAAACGUGAUAAAUUGCAUUCAUUUGACGCCGACAAUAAAACCGCUGCACAGUGAAAGAUGUCAUCAAUUGAUAGUAAAAAAAAGCCAUUCACUCACAAAGUCUAGAGUUUGAGUAGAGAAAGUAUUGUUAUGUAUUAUUAGUUGUGUUGAAUAAAUCUUGGGAUUUUUCGUGGGUUUUCGAUUCUCAUACGAAUUUUCUCUUAAUUUUGAGUUAAAACGAGUCUAUAGAAGGCAAAGCAAGUCUGUGUGUGAAAUACUGUGGUGUUACCGUUCAAAUGAAAGCUACUGAGCAGUACUUUCCUGUGGUGCUGUUUAUUAUGCUGUACAAGGUGGUUCUAAAUUUUGAGUCUGUGGAUGAAAUCCUAUAGUGUGACCAUUCAAAUGAAAGCUACUAAACAGUACUUUCCUGUGGUACUGUUUAUUAUGCUGUAUAAGGUGGUCCUAGCUUUUGAGUCUGUGGAUGAAAUCCUAUGGUGUGACCAUUCAAAUAAAAGUUAUUGAGCAGUACUUUCCUGUGGUACUGUUUAUUAUGCUGUACAAGGUUGUUCUAAAUUUUUGAUUCAGUGGAUGAAAUCCUAUGGUGUGACCAUUCAAAUGUAAGCUAAUAAGAAGCACCUUGCUGUUGUUCCGAUUAUUAGUUUAGGUGAAACCAUAAACAUGACACUUUCCGUAAUGCUGUUUUCAUUAGCGCUUGUAAGUGAAAUCUUUGAGCGCUCUAACUUUAUAGUACAUCCGCUUGUACUUUUAGCAUGGCUGAAGUGGAGGAUCUAGGCGGUGAUAUUUCGUCGCUCAAAGAUGAAGAUUCUGCAGUUAUUAAUAAAACCAAAACAACGUCCACAAACCCUCCUUAUUCCGGGGACCUACCAGCCAGCGGACUCACCCCAGCAGAGAAGAGGCUGCGAGCCUUAAAAAAGAAACUUCAACAAAUUGAAAAUUUAAAAGAAAAAAUGGAACACGGAGAGACUUUAGAGAAAACACAGGUUAGAGCGCUUUUCUUUCUUAAUGCUAAUACGAAAAGUAAACGGGUAACGUUAAUAGACCUACAGCCGACAUUUCGCGACUCCAUCGCUGGUUUCCCCGAAAAGACGUCGGAGGAAUGAGCGAAGAAAUUCCAUACUGAUGGCGUGUCACUGUCCAGAUCUGGGUAGUGCUUCUGAUUGGUCGUGCCGCGCGGGAAAUUUGCUUCAACCAAUCUGAAGGGAUCAAUUUAGGCUUCUGGGAAACUGCCCACCUACCCCUCCCCUAAGUCAGCAUUAACACUGACUUCUCACUUACAGCAAAAUCUUGGGUUAGGGGUGGGGUAGGUGGGCAGUUUCCAGAAACCUUAAUAGGCCACUUAACAGUUGUGGGCUUAGUUUCCUUGUCACUGAGUGAAUGUGAGGCUGAGGUUGAGCUUGUUUUGAUACAAACCUCCUUCCUUUUCUUAUGGAAAUUAAGCUUAAAAAUACUAGUUAGCAUAAGAACAACAUGAUUUACAUAAUAAAGCAGAGAGGUUUGUAUCAAAACAAGGUCAACUCCAGCCUCGUUUCCACCUGUAACUGUAAAACGGGCUAUUGGUCCUCUGAAGCACUACUUAAAUCCGGGUGUUAACACGUCAUCAGUAUGGAAUUUCUACGCCUGUUCUUCAGACGUCAUUUCGCGGGGAAACCAGUGGCGGGCUCGCUAAAUGUCGGUUUUUUUUAUCGGGCUAUAAAUCUCAGUGCAAACUCUCAACGUCUCGCGCACGAGCUUCACGUCUGUGGCUCAAAAACAUCGGCCUUUGGCUUUCAGCCUGCAGGAUAAUUUCUUAUGCAUGGUCGAUGGUGGGCUUCUUGGUAAUUGACAUAUGAGGAGGAAAAAUAUUCCGUGUUUCGCUGUUAGGUAUCGCUCAACUCUUGCAGUCUUCGGAAGGUUUUUAGUCGUCUUCGAUAAAGUUCGGAAGUGGUCGGAACAUCGUCGGUAAUUUCUGAGAUAGAACAUUUUCGGAAAUCGGGUAGUAUGGAAAAAAAUUUACGCAUUUUUUAUUGGUAAAGUUCAUGGGUUUAGGUCAAUGAAAGAAAAAUCUAAUGGCAAAUAAGGACGUAAAGGAUGUAAACAUAGAAACCGCGAAGGAAAAACAUGAAGCUAUUGCCGAGUACAAGAAAAUAUUUGUUUAGUGCCAAGGGCAGAUGUACUUUAGCGUGCGUUUCAAGCGUUUCCAUUGCACGCAGGCCGCAAAAACUUAUAGCGGGCACCAUAAGACACUCAAAAGGCGCAUAACAGGUGAUGAAAUAUUGCUGGAAAAAAUCAUUGACGGCGCAGACGAUGAACGAAUUAGAUCAUUGCCUGCAAGAUAAGGACUAGACUUUCUCAAAGUCCGUUUUCCGGUUCGGUCGUUUCGCUACUCCGUCGCUUACUUCGCUUGCUUCGCUUGCUUCGCGAGCGUCCCUCGCGUCUUCAUUGCUCUCAGAAUCGACCUGUGGCAAGUCUAGAUAAGCACACCGAGAGCUUUGCUUCUACAUAUGAACUGAGAUUUAAUACGUUUGCCUGCUACUAAUAUUUUUCAUUUUCUUUUUGUAGCUUGAUAAGAUAACGAAAGAACAAGAACUUUUAGAGGAAAUUCAAGAAAUCGAAUCAUUAUUGACAGGAAGUGCACCACUCAUCUAAUAAGUUAUUUCGAAAAUUGUGAGUUGUAUUUGCCGUGGUUAGUCGACAUGAGUAACGAGAUUGGAGCCGAGCAGCUUGAGAAAACAGCCGAAAUUUCGCGACGCCAAGACUGUUUUCCCGCG